AAAGAACCUAAAGUGUCACUAAUUGAUGUAAUUAUACAACGUAGUGGGCCUAUAUAAAGACGUUCUGUCGAGCCUUGGUCACACUCAAUCCUUCUACUGGUGUGAAGAGUUGUAUCAAUACGAAAUAGCUGAUUGCAAUAUAAGAUGGCCGAUCAACAGCAAACACGUGUGAUGUUGUGGUGUGUACCACGAGCAGGUUCAACAGCUUUCCUUCGCUGCAUAUCUAACAGAGAUGACAUUAAGGCUUUCCGUGAGCUCUUUGUCGGCUGCGCUUUUUUCGGACCAAAUGCAACAUCUGAAUACGGCAAGAUGUUGAACUACCCCAUCGAGCCUGAUUUCACCUAUGAGAAAGUUAAGGCAAAACUUGAAGCAAAUUAUGAUUCUCCAUUUAUUUUUGCUAAAGAUGGAGCUGAUGUGAUUCACGGACAUUUCGACAGUAUACCGAAGGGUUACAAACAUACCUUCUUAAUAAGAAAACCAGCGAAAGUCCACAUGUCGAGGAAUAUGCUUGUUCAGAAUGCAAAUGCCUUUAUGAAAAAUAAGAAUCGGCCUACAGUUGGUUAUGAUGAGAGUCUACCACACCUAAGUUCGCCAUAUUAUGAAAUGUUCGAACUUAUCGAGUAUAUACGAGACGAGCUCCAUCAAGACAUAUUUCUUAUCGACGCAGAUGAUCUUUUCGCGAAUCCUGAAGCCAUGAUGAAGAAAUGGUGUGAAUAUGUCGGAGUUCCUUUCAUAUCGGAGAUGAUGCAUUGGAAGGCGGAUGGCGAGGUAAAAUGGGAAAUGUCGGAGGGGCACAAAAAGCUUAUGAAACAAUUUCCGGCAGCAUCGAAGAAUGCACUCAAAAGUUCCUGUUUCAGUACCAGCGUUGCCGCCAAAGAAAACGAUGUUCAGAAUAUCCCAGAGGAUGUUAUGAAGUGUGUUGAAGCCUCACAGCCGUACUAUGAGAAGCUUUACGCAAUGAGAACCAAACUUCAGUAAACUGUCAUAAAGCUUUGUCCGCGCUGUCAAAUUUUAUAGUGAUAAACACCUGUAAAUGUUCAAUAUAAAUGGCGUAAAAUCGUCAUGAAUAUGUAUAAGUGUGAUAAAUGGUAUCCAUCAUCAUGCCCAUAUAUGACAGAUAACAAGUACUGUAUUUGUCAAGUAAAACUUGGUAGUUGUAACAGAGCUUUAAUGAUAUGAUAUAAUAUUAAAAUUAGAGAGAAAAAAAGUCAA